AUGACAGGAGUCAGAGGAAUAGAGGAAGGGACUACAGCAGGAGCCUCCAUAUCAGUUGCUAGGGUUGCAUACUCUCUAGUUGAUGUCGAGGACGACGUUUGUGCAUUGUCAGCGUCUUCAGCUGCGACCACCACCGUGACCUGGAGCAUAGCUUUUAAGGGGAGCCAGGAGAAAAGAGAUCUUAAGAAAAUGGCUGAAGAGGUGAUUGAUAGGGUGGAGGUGUUUGAUUAUAGUGAUCCACUUAUCGAGAAAUCUGAGCUGGAUAAUAGUGGGAUGAGAGAUCGACACUACCUUCUCAAUUCAACAAACAGGGGCGAUGAUCACCAGAGGAGAAAGUACAUGGAGGUAGGAAGGACUUAUGUUGUAGCUGCUAAGUUUGCUACAGAGGAAGCAUAA